AUGGAUUUGUUUGUCCCUUCUCUUUCAACCUUUCCCUCUUUGAAAUUUCUGUCUUUGGUGUGUGUGAAAUCCGAUGCUAAGUCACUUCAAAAUCUUAUUUCUGGAUGCCCUAUUAUUGAAGAAUUGUAUUUAUCAGGUUCUGAUAUCGGACAUUUAGAUUUUGCUGUUAGUAAAACGCUUAGAAGUCUCUCAUUAUUGUUUGUGGAUCUUACUAGUCAAUGGCUUGAUUCCCUAUUUUCUAGACUUCCUCUGCUUGAGAGAUUGUUUUUCAGUUCCUAUAAGUUGUUGAACAAUACUAGAAUCUGUAGUCAUAGCCUGAAAUAUGUUUUCCUUGAGUAUUAUUUUCCCAACGAGGCUGCUCUUACAACACCAAAUUUAGUUGGCUUGCGCAUCGUUUGUCAAUCCUGGUCAAAAAUUUCUGUUGAAGCUCCCAAUCUGUUAGAAGUCAAUUUGACCCUCUUCGAUCAAGGACCGACGAAAGAUUCAUAUAUUGAUCGUGUACAUCUUCUUUCAAAUCUGAAUUCCUGGAAGAUGGUGCUGACAAUUUACAAAGAUGAGGUUCUCAUAUUUCCAAAACGAGUAAGACAGAAGUACCCUUCUCCUAUGCCUAAUCUGAAGCAUUUGAAGGUGAUGAGGUUUAAUGGUACUAGCUUUACUAAAAUUGGAGAAAUGAGGGAUUCUUUGCUUUGGUGUGCACCUUCUUUGGAGAGUCUUGAAAUAGGAAGAGACGGUACUUAGAAGGAUAGUAGUUGGGUUUUUUAACUUUAUGUAAAGAGAAUGAGGCACUAGGCAACGCAUUCAAACUGCUAUGUAUUUUAUAUUUUUUUCGAACGAAAUUAUUCUAACCAUCUUCUUCUUCUUCAUUUUUCAUUUUUUUUUUUUUGUUUGCCUAUUUUAAUUAGUUUAUAAUGAAGUGCAAGAACAUGUUCUUUUUUUUACUUAAAA